GGGGGGUAAUUUACUUCCGGAUUUACUCCUUAAAAAAAAAGAAAACAACGAUCAUGUGGAUGUUUUAAUCCGUGAAAACCAAUUUAAAACCACUUAUAGGUUUUGCAGGACAUGAGAAUAUUUACGACCGGUAUAAAACGACUGUAUGAGUGGUAAUAACGAGAGCAGCAGUUCAGGUGGUAGUGGUACACCCACUGAAAGAACUGGACUAAUGUCAAGCUCAAGCUCAGCACGGCCAGCGAAUCCAGAGGCUAGUGGAAUAUUCAAUAACUCUUCAGCCGUAGGAAAUUCUGCACCUCUUUCUGAAUCUCGUCAGCUAGAUAACAGAACAGAAAAUGGACGAUACAGACGUCAAACUGAUAACACCAAUGAAAACUCAAGUCGACCUUCACCCCAGAAUAGUGGAGUUGAUGAGGAGGAAGAAGAAACAUUUAUGUAUGGUGCUAAUAAUGUGAUUAUGUUAUUUGUACCUGUAACAUUAUGUAUGGCCGUAGUUGUUGCUACUAUCAGCUCAGUUACAUUUUAUUCAGCUAAACCUGAUAGCUACCUAAUCUAUACACCAUUCCAUGACCAAACAGAUAAUACAGGAACCAAACUCUGGCAAUCAUUUGCUAAUGCAUUUAUUCUACUUGGAGUAAUUUGUGUUCUUACCAUAGUGCUACUUUUACUUUAUAAAUUCAGAUGUUAUAAGGUAAUUCAUGGUUGGUUGAUUGUUUCAUCUUUAAUGUUACUAUUUUUAUUCUCUUAUAUAUACUUAGGUGAAGUAUUAAGAGCAUAUAAUGUACCUAUGGAUUAUGUAACAGUUAUUAUAUUAAUGUGGAAUUUUGGUGUAGUUGGUAUGGUGUGUAUACACUGGAAGGGACCUCUAAUAUUACAACAGGCUUACCUUAUAAUGAUCAGUGCUCUAAUGGCCUUAAUAUUUAUCAAAUAUUUACCUGAUUGGACAACAUGGGUUGUUCUUGGUGUAAUGGUCGUUUGGGAUCUGGUAGCUGUCUUAUGUCCUAAAGGUCCAUUAAGGGUGCUUGUAGAAACAGCUCAGGAACGAAAUGAACCAAUCUUUCCAGCUCUUAUCUAUUCCUCUACCAUGAUGUGGAGUUCUAUAGGAAUGGCGGAUGAAGACCACAGCAAGAAAAACAGAAAGAAAAGUGAAAGUAGUAACGUAACAGAAGAAACAGGUACUAGUGAGGGUGCGGGGGGAAAUGAUGAAGAUGAUCAGGAAGGGGGAUUUCCAGACCAUGUUACAACUAGCCGAAGUGCUAUGACAUCAAGUACCGAAUCGACUCGAGCUAGAAGUGCUGUACAUGCACUCGGAAAUCAAAAUAAUUUUACGACUGUAAGUGAUCCUGAUAGACCAACUAACGCAGAGCAACGACAAAAUCAACAAAAUGGUUCACAGAAUCCUGCACAAGAUGAUGAAGAACGUGGAGUAAAAUUAGGAUUAGGUGAUUUUAUAUUUUAUGGUGUAUUAGUGGGUAAAGCGUCAUCUAAUGGUGAUUGGAAUACAACACUUGCUUGUUUUGUUGCUAUUCUUAUAGGUUUAUGUUUUACGCUGUUGUUAUUAGCAAUAUUUAAGAAAGCAUUGCCAGCUUUACCUAUAUCUAUUACAUUUGGACUUGUUUUCAACUUCGCAACCAGUGCUCUCGUACGACCAUUUAUGGACAGUCUGGCCAGUGAGCAGGUGUACAUAUGAUUUGUAUAAAGGGAACAAAGGAAUCAUUUAUAACUUAUUGUAUCGUAUAUUUUUGUAUUUUUCACAUUGGAACAAGAACCAUUUAUCAUGUAAUGCUUUAACCUGAUUAUAUUUUGAAUUUUUGUAUAUGUUUUCAUUUUCAUUUACAUGAUGUAGGAUGUUCACUGUAUCCAAGUUUGCUAUUUCUUUAUAACAAUUUUGUCAAGUUGGCCUCCGGAUCCAUUCACUUGAUUUGAUAUGUUAUUUGUUUAUUGUUUGAAACGUCUGUGUAUAUUGUAUGUCUUGUUUACUUGUGGUGCGGUCCUCCUGUAUUUACGAUUAGAACAGAGUUACAGUGAAGCCCUUGUAUCUUCUAUACUAAUAAUUGUGACUGUCGUUUGUCUGUCUGUCAGUUGAGGGUUGGCGGCUACACUAGGGCUGUCCUGAGGCUGAAAUUUGGGGUAUAGGGGUAGCUCGGAUGGGGGAGUAACAUAGGCCUGGUGGCAGUGGACUACCGCUUCCGGAUUCAGAGUUAUGCUAAGCGCCGGGUCAUCAGCUGGUGUAAUAUAUAUGUCACUUUAAACAAUAUUUUAAAACUAUAAAGCUCACCUACAUGACAUGAUUACAGGAUUAUAAAGGAAUUAACUUAUAGAUAUCAGACCAAUAACUACACAUGGCCGCCAUUUUCCUUCAAUAGAUGAUCCUUAUCUAACUUAUUUCUAGCAUACCCUAACGUAAAGAAAAUAAACAUUUCAUCAAAUUCAUUGAAACCUUAUAGAGUUUUUAAUGAUUUGCUCUAGAGUGGGACUCAUUAAGCAAGGAUUAUCCAGUCCUGAAUAUUAGUGGGAGAUAACCCCUCGUACUUUCCAGAAUUUACCAAGAGGUGUGAUCAGAUGUAAGGAUUAUAAUUAUAGUGCAGCUCAAUUGUGAUUAUGUAACUAUGUUAAAUAAAUAAUUUUGUCAAAUUUUUGGACUUUUUUUUGUACUAUAAAAAAAAAAAAUGAUUGCGCACAAAUCUGAAUAGCAAUACUUUAAAUUUAAUAAUGUUGAACAUGAACAUUAAGCAUAUACAGGGGUCUUAUUCACAUAUACUUAUUCUAAAAUCAAUUUUAAGAAACAGACCAGGGCCCUUAUUCACAUAAACUUAACUGAGAUAAAAUCCAAAUUUUAGUAAUUUGAUUGGAUAAUAUUAGAUUGAUUUUAGUGCUUAGCCAAUCAAAAUUGAGGUAUCUACUAAAAUUUGGAUUUUAUCUUCAGUUAAAAUUUCGUGAAUCAGGGCCCAGCUCAUUGGCUGAGCACUAAAACCAUGGCACAGAAUUUGCCUCUCGGUCAAUGAAAAGGCUGGAUACUUAAAAUAUUAAAGUUUUAGUUUUCUUGAAUAAGACUCCCCAGAUAUUUUGAAGAAAAGGUUACAUCUAUCAUUUGACGAUCAUUAGCCAGUCUGGAUGUCAUAAACUCUUUAUUGGGUGGCCAACACAUAUUUCAAUAUUGAUUUCAGACUCUACAGAACAAUGAUUAUAAUAUAAUGUAUGUCCCUAACCGUGCUAGUAAAAUUUGGGAAUCAUUGUGUCUGAAAACUGAAAUAUCAAUAUAUUUUUUUGAGUUACUGAAAUGUGUGUAAAAUUUGAAUUGAGCAUUGAAGAGUUUAUGGCCCUGUGCUUACAAUCAUGUAAAUUAUUUACUAGUAAUUGUGUAGUAAUAAUAUUUAUAGUAUAUUAUGGUUUACUAGUAAAUGUAUAUGUAGGUUAUAUAUAUAUAUAUCAUACAUGUUAUUUUUGUUGGUUAAAAAUUAUAUACUUUGAUUUUAUUAUUAUUACAAUGUGCUGGAAAGGUUUUAUUUUAUAUAUAAACUCGACAUGUCAUCAUAUGAUGGUCAACCUUUCUCUAAAUUUUUGCGCGCUGUAUCAUAAGGUCUGUCAUUGAGUCAACUGGCGUGGUUUCAAUUCCCCAGUUGUAUGUGACAAGAAUUAGGGUCGCCUGUCCAACCUUGUGGGUUUUCUCCGGGUCCUCCGGUUUCCUCCCACUGCUAAAGACCCCUACGCGCAAGCGAAUUAUUGAAAUAAUAUUGAACCAUGUGUUAGUCUGGAAAUGACCUAGUUUGUGUCGAGUGGACCUUAAACCCCAUCUCUCUCUGAAAGAAAGUACCUCUUGAUAUCACCAAUGGCAAUAGACCUUUCAAUAUGGCAUCCAACUUUAUUUGACAUUUUAGGGCACCAUGAAGUGCAAAUUUUACAUGCCAUAUAUCAAUGAAUACUGAUAUGCAUAUCCUUUGCCUUCUUAUUGAGGCAUUAAACAGAUCAUAUCUUCCACUGGGGGUGGGGGUGCAGUCUAGCAGCAAAGGCACUGCACUCUCAACUAAAAUCAAGAGAUUUUUCAAGCCAGACUCCCAGAUGUCAGGGGUAGCUUUUGAUAAACUGACAACAAAAGUGCUAUCUAGUCAUUUAGAUGAGGCAAAAAACCAAGGUCUACCCAAAUACACUGCUAUCUGGAUAAAAUUCUCAGACCCUUGUUAUGGACCUGGGCCCUUUUUCUCGAAAUCUUAACUAAAGAUAAAAUCCAUAUUUUAGUAGAUACUCCAGUUUUGAUUGGCUGACCACUAAAAUCAAUCUAAUAUUAUCCAAUCAAAUUACUAAAAUUUGGAUUUUAUCUUGAUAAAAUUUUGUGAAACAGGCCCCAGGAUUUUAGAAACAAAAAGUUGGAGAAUAGAAAGAGUAAUUGAGAUUUACCUGUUAUAAGCCUAUGGUUUGAAUAUAGAUACAGGUGAACCAUCUCCUUUGAUAUGUAAAAUAUAGUAAUUAUAACAAGUAUAUCAUUGCUCAUUAAUUAUAUUGUAUAUAAAUUGUAUAAAUAAGAAGAUAUAUUAUUUCCUUUUUAUAUGAACCAUUAUUUUCUUUAAGGACUGAUUAUACUCAAGAAUUAUACCAAGAUUAGUUUUCAUUUGAUUACUAAGUAAUGGGGCUUUCCCAGAUAGAUAUGAAAGAAAUCUAGUUAAUUUUGUGGACCCUAGACUCUGUGGGGAAAAGGGGAGGGUGUCCUUUUAAGUGUCUCUAAUACUAAAAUUGUCCAAUAAAACCAAAUAGAUGGGCCCCUUCCCCAGUGUUCAAAUAUGUCUACGGCCGCGAUCUUAAUCCCAUUCAACAAUGUAAAGCUUUCUGAUAAUUUUGCAUAUAUUGACAUAGUUUUCAUGGCAACCAGAUUUCUUGAGAGUAUGGUAUAUAUUUGUCUGGAUAUGUUUUCAAAGAUCCUAGAUAAUCCAGUCACAUAAUGUCUGAUAACUGAUCUGAGUUAGGUAAAUCUAUUUUUAUUCAAUCUGAUUAAAACACAGAUCCUAUUUCGUUUCUUUUCUAUAGUUCAAAAUUUCGUUUUCCUUGUUUUUACUACACUAGGAUCUGGAAUAGUUAUCAUUGACGUGUUCUGAAUAGUGUGAGAUAUUAGCCAAUGAAACAGUCUGUUACGUUGAGCUUUAGGCGUGUUUUGCACGGAACUGAGGGUAAUCCACUAGUAACAUCAAUGCUGAUUGGUUAAUCAAAUGUCAGACGUCAUAUGGUCAAUAGCUGCUCGUAUGACCUCUGACGUGACGUAUCGCAACAACCGGUCAGAUCUUCAUGUAGUGUAGGCCAUCGAAAGUAUAAAAAACGAAACGAAAUAUAGAUCUGUAUUUUAAUCAGAUUGAUUGUUAUUUAAACCAACUUGUAUUCGUAUAUUUCUUCCUUCGGUGCUGCUUCAUAUAUUAUUGUAGGUGGUCCAUUUCAUUUGCUUAACUGUACAGCUUAUUUUAUGAUUUACAAGUUUCUAUAAUAUUGUGUUUCCUCAUUGAAUACUGGUUAUUUAUCUUGCCCAUAUAUAGACAUGUACAUAGAAGAUAUCUGAUAGAAGGGAUCUUUAUUAUAUCAGAUGUUGGCUUUAGGGGUCGCAUUUAAGGUUCUGUGGGUACUGACUGUGAAAGGUCACCAGAAUAGAUAACUUGAAUAAUCUAGGAAUAAAUAGUUUUGACUGUGCUCAUCUUAUGAUUAAUAAAAUGACACAUCGUUUGUGAUGUCAGAACAGGAACUGUCAGUUAUUGUUAAUAAACAAGAAACCAGUGUGCUAUGGUAGAGAAAUUUAGUUACACAGGACGUUGAAUGCGGCUUUUCUUUGUGCUGUAUUUUGUUUGGGUUAAUGUAUGUUGUACUGAACAUUCCUGUGCUAUAUAUUAUAAGAUUGCUGUUUUUAUCUUUUGGUUUUUUUAUGUUCUGUAUUUAAUCCUUGUCAAAUGAUGGUGGUCACAAAUUAUAUAUAAAACUUUCAUAUUUAUACAUUAGUGAAUGAUUCACUUCAAGCUCUUCAUUCACUGUGAUGGACAACUUAUGUGCUUGCUUUGUGUAAUUUAUAAUAGGAGUAGGUUUGGGAUGCCUGUCAUGGUGUAAAUUGUUGUGGCUGCCUAAUUAUUCGGUCUAAAUUACCUUAAUUAAGAGUUUCCGCUCGAAUCUCUCUACUUGUCAUAUUUUCUAUUUGCAAACCAUAAUGAUAUUUUGAGACUCGAGUUUGUAAGUGAAAAUAUGACUUGUCACUUAUUUCGAGAGGAAUUUUCAUAUCGUAAACUCUUAAUUGCCGGAAACACGGCACCAUCAUAUAGGAUUGUAAUUUGGUAUCACGGAUUUCCUUAAAAUCAUGACCAAUUGCUUAGUAAUUCACUUCGUUAAAAUAAAAGUGACAGUUUCUUGUAGAGAAUAUAUGAUCUGAUAUUAAGAUACCGGUAUUGCCAGAACAAUUUUUGAAGACGUCUAGAACAUCCCCGUGGUUUCUAGCAAGCUUCAUCAACUUCCGGUCAUGAAACGCUUAUUCCGGUUCUCCAGCUUUAUUCAUUUAAACAGAUCAAAUUUUCGUUUUAAAUUUGGAAGAAACUGUCACUUUAAUGUCUGGGGAAAUAAAAUCAUUUGAAUCAUUUUAUUGUACUCAAUCAAUCAUUGAUUAUAUUUAAUUUGGAUGACUAUUUCACAGUAUCUCACAUCCCAGACUAUGCAAGAAAAAACAACAAUAACCAUUUAAUUAUUCUAUUUAUAAAACAAAAUUAAUUUCAGUAAAUAAAUAUUAAUAUACGCUAAA